UUUUCACCCGAUAAACACGAUGUUUCUGUAGAUAGCAAUUACAACCAGUUGUGCUUGUGCUUUACUUGCAUUCGUCGUUUGGCACUGUGCGAGUAUUGUCGUGUCUCGAAAAGACUAGUUUUCUUUACUGCGACGCAAUUACGAGAUUCGGUGACAAUGUUUAUCUUAAGGAAUAUUUUACUUUUAAUAUUUUGUGGGGUAUGUUAUACAUCAUUGUUGCCCAAAAAGACUUUAAAGGGUCCAGCAUUUAGCAAAACGUAUACGGUGAAAGGAACUUUGUAUAUACCAUAUGCAGAAAUUCGUGAACCUUUUUAUGCAUGGUAUGAUGGUGCCAGUGGAUCAAGUCGGAUUGAUUAUUAUGGAGGAAUGGUUAAAACCUAUCAACUGUCUCACAAAGGACAAUAUGGAGCCAGCAUAAAAAUAGCACCUGUUACUACAGAGACUGCUAGUAAUAAAGAUACAUGUCUUCAAGUAAAUGGUACUAGUGAUUUGAAGAUACAGCCUCAAACUAUCCUCCCAGAUACAUCUGAAAUGGAGUGCAUUGGUGAAGAGAUGAUAAAUGGGCUAAUGUGUGAAAAAUGGCGACUUGUACAAGAGAUUGAGGAGAAAACAAAUAAAUAUACACUGUGGAUACGUUAUAAAAAAUCACCCUAUGUACCGCAACUGAAAGAAGCUAUUCCUGUGAGAUAUGAAAUGCGAGGAUUUAAUAGUCUUUUAGGUUCACAUUACGAUCAUUAUUAUCUGGAAUAUGAUUGGUAUUCCUCCGAAACACCCAGUUCUGAUAUCUUUAAAAUUACGGAAAAUGCUACAUGUGUCAGCUUCCCAGGCCCAGGAGAAAAUCACAUAUACACCUUUAAUCCAAUGCGCGAAUUCAUUCACAAUUAUGAAGAUCAUUUGGAUGAAGCCUUCCACAACUUCAAAAAGACCCACAAGAAAUAUUACAACAGCGACUUGGAUCACAAGUAUCGCAAAGAAGUAUUCAGACAGAACAUAAGAUUUAUCCAUUCUUUGAAUCGUGCCAAUUUGGGCUACCAGUUAAAUGUGAAUCAUUUAGCAGACCGCACCGAUCUAGAAUUGAGGGCUUUACGUGGCAAUAGACAUACUAAAGGUUACAAUGGUGGAGCGCCAUUCCAGCAUGAUAUCGAAAAUGAGAUCAGCGAUGUUCCUGACAGUAUAGAUUGGAGAUUAUACGGUGCUGUGACACCAGUCAAAGAUCAAUCCGUUUGCGGCUCUUGCUGGAGUUUUGGUACCACAGGAACAAUAGAAGGUGCAUAUUAUAUGAAGUACAAUAAGUUAGUGCGUUUAUCUCAACAGGCUCUUAUCGAUUGUUCAUGGGGUUAUGGAAAUAAUGGUUGCGACGGUGGAGAGGAUUUCCGUGCGUAUCAGUGGAUUAUGAAGCAUGAUGGUUUACCUACUGAGGAGGAUUACGGUGGUUACUUGGGACAGGAUGGAUAUUGUCAUAUAAAUAACGUAACGAAGACAGCUAAGAUCACUGGUUAUGUUAAUGUUACUCCACUCAGUGUAGCAGCUUUGAAAAUCGCCAUCGCCAAACAUGGCCCCAUCUCUGUUGCUAUCGAUGCUUCCCACAAAACAUUCUCCUUCUACUCUCACGGAGUGUACUACGAUCCAGCUUGCGGCAAUACUGAGGAUAAAUUGGAUCACGCCGUUUUGGCCGUUGGCUACGGUAAUAUGAAUGGAAAAGACUAUUGGUUGGUGAAGAAUUCCUGGUCAAAUUACUGGGGCAAUGAUGGCUAUAUUCUCAUGGCGCAGAAGGAUGACAAUUGCGGUGUUCUUCUAGCUCCCACAUACGUUACUAUGUAAGAAUAUUUCUAUUUCUAAGAGUUAUUCAUUAGUUGUUCGUUUGAAGCUCUCUAGCAUUCAUCUAAUGAGGAAGUGCCCAAAUAUAGAUAAAAUAUCGAGCAUAUUUUAGAUUUUUAACUGUAUUGUACGAUGAACGACAUGAGUUUUAUAAGUUAAAUUGUUGAAAAUUAUACUUACUAUGUGUUACAAAGGAAAAUAAAGUGUUUCAUAAUUAAAAAAGG